AUGCAUGAGGGCUGGUUGCGCAACCCUCAAUCAUCUGGCGAAAGAAAGCCUAAAAUUCCGUAUGAUUACGAAGUGCCACAGAACACAGCAGCGAUGGAAUCUCCCCCGAACAAAAAACCUCGUACUUGUGUCGAUAAUCGCUGGCCCUGCAGUACAGAGCUUUCAGCUUUCGAUACGGACUUGUUCAAAUCUUUCCUACCAUUUACCGAAUCUGCUCUGUCACAGUGCCUACAAUCAGAAAAUAACAGCGGUAACGGAGGAUGCAUUAGUCAGGCUACUACUAGCGAAAACCAAGUGCGAUAUGCACAAGGCGAACCAUACGGCCGAUCAUUGUCUUCCCAUGGUACUUCUAAUGCAGGAACCUCAGAACGAUCUACAGUUCUACAGCAGACGCAACUGGCAUACCGUAACCCACAUAGCACAAGCGAAAGCAAUUACCAUAUCCAAACAGAUAAUACUGAAAACGAUCAGUGGAAAGAAGCGCUACCACGCGGCCAACUGUUGGUGCCUGAUACUAUUCCCAGUGAGCAUUCAGCAGAAAAACUUCCAGGAAUUGAAACGCUUGGAAUUUGCUGGUUUGCUCCAAUGACAUCUGGCAGUCAGAGUAGUGUCGGUGAAAUUGAUUAUGGUGUUCGAUUUAUGAGCGCUGAAAAUAACCAGUGGAGAAAUGGAGAAAAGAUUUCACACAACCAGUUAUUGCCGUCCGAAGCUACUUGCAAUGUAUUUUCACUGUUACCAUUCUUUUGCUAG